CAGGGUUACCAAGGAAGGGCAGAGUCCAGAUGGAACCAUAGCAGCUGAUAGGAGGCAACUUGUGUAGAAGAGGGCAAAGAUCAGGCCCCAGCAUACUGGGAACCAGAGCCAGGGAGUAAGCUCUGGGCUUGGAGGAAGCCCCACUUGGUCCUCAUGGCCUUCCUGGUGUCUGGGACCCUACAGACAGCUGCACAGUUGGCAGAUGCUUGGGACAGCUUGGGGAGAAAGGGAAAAUACAGUGUACAGGGUUCAAGGGUAGCCUUGAUACUUAGCACCCCUGGGGUGUCUGCAGCUGCAAUUGCUGCCUUGGAUGGUGUGUCCCAGGCUCUGGGCUUUGAAAUCCAUGAGAAGAGGAAGGUUCCAGUCCAGAGCUUCCUUGAGGAGCUGCGUUUGUUCCGGGAGCAGCUGGAUGUCCACAGGGGUGUUGUGGGGUGUGCCCUUGUGGUCUUGAUGGCCCCCAGUGGACAGUUAAGGUGUCCACAGCUGCUGACUCAGGAGCUGAGUCACUGUGGGGCCCUGCAGGGUUGCCCCAAAAUCUUCCUGUUGUUUUCUAGUGACCUCAAGGGUGAGUGACUAGACGGUGACCCCAGUUCUGGGAGGGAA